CGGGGCGGGCGCGCGCGUCGGGGGGUCGCGCGGUUGCCGUGAAGGGCGAGCGCGCGCCGGGAGGAGUGGAGGCGUGGGGGGGGGGGGCGGGGGUACAGCUUGCUUGCUCGCAAGAUGGCGGACGAGGACGGGGAAGGGAUUCACCCCUCAGCCCCUCACCGAAACGGCGGCGGCGGCGGCGGCGGCGGCGGCGGCGGGUCUGGGCUCCACUGCGCCGGUAACGGCGGCGGGGGAGGCGGCGGCCCCCGGGUCGUGCGCAUCGUCAAGUCCGAAUCCGGCUAUGGCUUCAACGUGCGGGGCCAAGUGAGCGAGGGCGGGCAACUGCGGAGCAUCAACGGGGAGCUGUACGCGCCGCUGCAGCAUGUGAGCGCCGUGCUGCCCGGAGGGGCGGCCGACCGGGCCGGGGUGCGCAAAGGGGACCGCAUCCUGGAGGUGAACGGCGUGAAUGUUGAGGGGGCGACACACAAGCAGGUGGUGGACCUGAUCCGUGCAGGCGAGAAGGAAUUGAUCUUGACAGUGUUGUCUGUACCUCCUCAUGAGGCGGAUAACCUAGAUCCCAGUGACGACUCCUUGGGACAAUCAUUUUAUGAUUACACAGAAAAGCAAGCAGUGCCCAUUUCGGUCCCCACAUACAAACAUGUGGAGCAGAAUGGUGAGAAGUUUGUGGUAUACAAUGUUUACAUGGCAGGAAGGCAGUUGUGUUCUAAGCGGUACCGGGAAUUUGCCAUCCUACACCAGAACCUAAAGAGAGAGUUUGCCAACUUUACAUUUCCUCGACUUCCGGGAAAGUGGCCAUUCUCAUUAUCAGAACAGCAACUGGAUGCCCGGCGUCGGGGGUUGGAAGAAUAUCUAGAAAAAGUGUGUUCAAUACGAGUCAUUGGUGAGAGUGAUAUCAUGCAGGAAUUCCUGUCAGAAUCAGAUGAGAACUACAAUGGUGUGUCUGAUGUAGAGCUGAGGGUAGCAUUACCAGAUGGAACAACAGUUACAGUCCGAGUUAAAAAGAACAGUACUACAGACCAGGUGUAUCAGGCUAUUGCAGCAAAGGUUGGCAUGGACAGCACAACAGUGAAUUACUUUGCCUUAUUUGAAGUGAUCAAUCAUUCCUUUGUACGUAAGCUGGCACCUAAUGAAUUUCCUCAUAAACUCUACGUCCAGAAUUAUACAUCUGCUGUGCCAGGCACCUGCCUGACAAUUCGAAAGUGGCUUUUUACAACAGAAGAAGAAAUCCUCUUAAAUGACAAUGACCUUGCUGUUACCUAUUUCUUUCAUCAGGCAGUUGAUGAUGUAAAGAAAGGUUACAUCAAAGCAGAAGAAAAGUCUUACCAAUUGCAGAAGCUAUAUGAACAAAGAAAAAUGGUCAUGUACCUCAACAUGCUAAGGACUUGUGAGGGCUACAAUGAAAUUAUUUUCCCCCACUGUGCCUGUGAUUCCAGGAGGAAGGGGCAUGUUAUCACAGCCAUCAGCAUCACGCACUUUAAACUGCAUGCCUGCACUGAAGAAGGACAGCUAGAGAACCAGGUAAUAGCAUUUGAAUGGGAUGAGAUGCAGCGAUGGGACACAGAUGAAGAAGGAAUGGCCUUCUGUUUUGAAUAUGCACGGGGAGAGAAGAAACCUCGAUGGGUUAAAAUCUUCACACCGUAUUUCAAUUAUAUGCAUGAAUGCUUUGAGAGAGUGUUCUGCGAGCUCAAAUGGAGAAAAGAGGAAUAUUAGUUAGAGACUGAUUAUCCAAUGUGGGCCAGAACAUUCUUCCAGCGAGGCUGGCCUCUGGAUGGUGAAUGGGCUAUGCAAAAAAGCCCUGCUUCUUCUCUUGUCUAGAGGGUGGACAUUGGCAUCAGGCUCUCCCAUCUCUCAUGACUUCAUGGACCCUCUUCUGCCUGUCUUUUGGUUUUAUUUUGUUUUGUUUAGUGAAAUCACCUUCCAUGUUGUUCCUGACCCAGAAAGGCAGCUGUUUUCAGUGUUAGCCAUCUGACUGGAUGAGUCAUGAUAGAGUCUUUAUAGCCUAACAAAAGAACAUAUAUGUGGGGAAAAGUUUUUGUAACUGCUGUCAGUGCUGGAGCAGAAUUUAGAAGAUUCUAAAUACUUAACUAUUUGUUCUCAAAGAAAAUCAGAGGAUCAAGAGGUAAAGUCAGGAACAUGAUAUAGUACAAUAUUGGGCUUUGGGAAUCGCAUCUAGCUUUUUUCCUAGCUUUCUUUUCUCUGUAAUUUUGGGUAACUCAGCUUUCUUAAAUCUGAGCUUUCCCUUCCAUAGAAAAGGAAGACUGAGCCUGGUAAUUAACAUUCAAGGUUCUUCUAAUUCUAGAGAGAAAGUUAGUUGUAUCAAGGAAACAAACCAAUGAGAUUGAGUCAUACAGUUAUAUACUGUUUUAGUUUCUGUUUGAGGGUUGUCUCCAGAUUGGAGGAGAUGAUGGCUUCCCAAUAACUCUUCUCCUUUUUUUCCUUUCAGAACAUUUUCCAGAUGUCGAGGUCACAGCAGAGGGAUGUGGCCACCUAGCCUUCCCUUUUCCCCUUCCCUUGCCUUCAUCCUCUUAUCCCUUUUGUCUCCCAUGUCAGAGUAACCAUUAACACAAAA